AUGGGUCGAUCCGGUGGAUCUUUUGCUUGUGGUACCAAAUACCUACCUUGUAUAACCUAUCAAACCCUCUUCGGAGGUAAGCCCGUGCACUAUCAUCGUGAACCCACGGACGGGUCGGUCGAGUGGCGAGUGAUCGAAGAAUGUGAUGCACCGGAUUGUCGAGCAUUAAUCACCAAUUGUCACUGCGGCUUCGUUUACCGAUUGGACGCUAUCGAAAAUUGGAUCAAGAAAGAACAGCGCACUCUAAUCCAACCUGGUGAUCACAAAUUACCAAAGAGAAAUGAGGGUUGUAAAGACUGUAAUAAUACUUGUAGCAGAUGUCAUCAGAAGAAAAAAGAAGAUCGAGAGAAAUUGCAUGUGUAUAGAGGUAUAGAAAGGAGAUUAUGUCCUGCUCAUGCUAAGAUGGGUGAUCCCGCCAAACGAGAAGCCGAGGCUCAAGACGAUUACAACAAAGCAGUGAUCAUCUUCCAACAUCUCUGGACCAACCCUGAACAACUCAAUCUCAUCCGUGGACAGGGAGGGCACGAUGCCUUCGUCAUAUACCAAAAGCAAGCCAACAAAGCUCUAGACCUGGGCCAGCCUCGUCCUGAUAUAUCAGCUUUUGUCAAAGACUAUCUAGACAAACAACGUCCAGUAGCUCAACCCAAACCAUCUCAAAUUGCCAAGGAUGAAACGCAUGAUCAAGGUAGCGCAAAAUACGAAACUCCCUUUGAUGAUCUCUCAUCAGCUUGGGAUCCGGAUAUGAGGGCGGAUCUUGACAUUUUCAACGGUCUAUUCCCUCAGGCUGACUGCUCCGAGCCUCCAUAUAUGAGUAGAGCUGGUGGAGAAAUUCCUUACUCCGGUUCCGCCAACAAUAGGGCUACUUCCCUUCCGCCUCAACAGCCGAUUCAUGCUCCGACCUUACCACGAUUCGGUAGCGAUCCAGCGGAAGGAUUUAGCUUCUACACUCCAUCUUACUCAGCGAGUAAUGGUGAUAUCGGACCUGCACUAGGUCCAUCGUACUCGCAACAAUCCAUCUCCGAUCCGGUCACUCGGGCGACUUCAGCUAGCCUUAUGGGAUAUCGAGAUCUAUUCCGAUCUUCAGAUGAUGACGAGGAAGAUGUUCCGCUGCCCAUUCCAUUCGGACAAGCAAAGCCCCAGGUAUACAAUCCUUCCUUCGAUUGGGUAAAUAUGGACAUUGAGACUGAGCGAGAGCUCCGAAGACAUCUCGGUGUCAGUCCUCCAAGGGAAAUGAGUGGUGAUAGCGGAAUACCCUCGACUGAAAAUACCAACAUCGUCACCCCCGGCGCUUACCCUGGAACAGUGGCUUCUGUCAGUCCUCCAGCUAUCGACUCGUUGCUUUACGAGUUCGAGGUGAAAACGGGCAUUCAGCGACUUGCUGGUAGCUUUAUGUCAAAGUAUCCCGAGUGGCAGCGGAACGUCUACAAAACGAUUUCCACGGCAGAUCCCGAUUCCCGAAUGCAGCUUCCGGAUCAUCUGGAAGUCUCCGAUGUCGAACAUGCCCUUGAACGCUUGCCAAAAAUCCCCUACAAGGGAUUCUUCGAUACCAUCCCUACAGCAUACAUGUACGAUGUCAACGCUGCUUGUAUCAAGCUACUAGCCAAUCAUACGCCAGCUCUUCCCAAGAAGGAUGAUCCUUACAAUACGCCGCUCUCCCGCCCAGGGUCAAGAAGACACUAUUUCGAUACGGUCACGCUUCAUUUCGGUCAGUUCUCGAUCGAACGAGAUGGGAGACUGAUCGACCCCGAGAGAGUACAUCUCAGAUGGGUACACGAGUGUAUGAGCUGGGUUGUAUGUGAGGUACUCGAAGGUGAAGGACAUCCGACAAGGAUUUUGAACCUGCUCGAAGCACAAGUCAACCUUUUAUUGGACCUGAAAGACAGUCAAGGCUCAAGGAUGGUCCAUCGAGCCCGGAUCGACUGCGCUCAUCAAGGAUGCCCAUUACAUUGCGACUAUACCAGAAUAUUCACCGGGGUUAUCGCAAUCGUAGUCAUCACAGCUGAAAGAGCAUGUCUCCAAGCCUACAGAAGUAAACAAUGGGAAGAACUGGACAAGAGGAGAAAAGUUUUCUACAGAGUCAUGAAAGUAGCUGCUAAAUUGAUGGAUUGUAAUUCUGUCAAUUUCUAUAGAAACUUGGAACAGCUUGACAAUCCGUAUAUCCCGCCUGAGGAACGAGAGAAUAUGGUCAUCCGAUGUAAGAUCUACGAUGGGAUCAUCGAAAAGAUUGAUCGACUCUAUCUCACUUUUGUAGAUUACGGUGUGAUGCAGAAGGAGCAUGAUGACAUAGAAAGGGAAUUCUUGAGAAGUGAUGGGAAAUAUUUUGGUUGGUCAACUAGGUAUGCACAACGAGAGCUCGAUUUCGUCAAGAGCUGGAAUGAAUUCAACGAAUAUAUCAAGGACCCUACUGAAACGAUGGGAAGACAUGUUGGAAAAGACUAUUUGAAGGAUGAUGAUAUGCCCAUCAGUGAAACCUACGAAGAUGAAAUUGGUACGGAAUUGAAUGUCGGUACCAAAAGGUGA